AUGGCUGGUGCUGUCCAGAAAAAUGCCUGGCACGCCAUCCGGGUUACUCUUUUCUCGAGCUACGCGAAUGUGAUGCUGGUUUUUGUCUUCCUGGGCAUUCUCUCCGGCGCUCGAGGAUGGGAUCCAUCAGCUGUGUUUAUGCUGAACUUCUUAGCCAUUUUCCCUCUGGCUUCUUUGCUUUCCUUUGCAACCGAAGAGUUGUCUAAAAGUGUGGGACAGACGGUGGGAGGAUUGAUCAAUGCGACCUUCGGAAAUGCGGUAGAGAUGAUCGUGGGAAUCACUGCCGUAACUCAGGGGGAGAUCAACAUUGUUCAAUCGAGUAUGGUCGGCAGUAUUCUUUCUGGAACUCUUCUGGUUCUAGGAUGCUGCUUCCUAGGUGGAGGAUAUGGCAAAGAGACGCUAUCUUUUAACAUCGAUGUCACUCAAAUCAUGUCGUCUUUGAUGAUCGUUGCUUCCACCUCGCUCAUAAUCCCCUCCGCUUUAUACUCGACUACUCUCGCCGAACUACCCGAGGGAGACGAUUAUAUUCUCACCCUAUCCCAUAUCACUUCGAUUGUCUUACUCAUUUUUUACUUGGUCUAUCUUUAUUUCCAGCUGAAGAGCCACGCCCAUCUCUUCGCUAGCACCGAGGAGGAAUCGGACGAAAAGCGCGAAUUAGAACCCCUUCCCGCUAGUAUAAUUCUGAUCCUUGCAACACUUGGAGUCACCGUCUGUUCCGAUUACUUGGUAGAAGGCGUAGACGGGUUUGUGGAGGUAUACGGGGUCAGUCGGGCUUUCUUGGGGAUGAUUGUCGUCCCCAUUGUCGGCAAUGCGGGCGAAUUUGCUAUCACGGUGAAUGCUGCCAUGGGCGGCAAGUUAGAUCUCGCCAUUGGAGUCAUUGUGGGAAGCACGCUUCAGAUUGCACUCUUUGUGACCCCGUUCCUGGUGAUGUGUGGAUGGGUUCUUGGGCAGCCGAUGUCUCUGCAGUUCAAUACUUUCGAAACCGCUUGCUUCUCCCUUGCUGUGGUGGUGAUGAACUGCUUGACUCGAGAGGGAAAGUCGAAUUACUUCGAAGGAUUGUUACUGAUUGGGACGUAUUUGAUCAUCGCGAUCGCAUUUUACGUACAUCCGGAUAUCUUCGACUGCCCCAGAGGCACCUUCGAUAUCACGGCAGAGCAACUCAGUGAACUCAUAGAGUCUAGAAGCCUAGAGACCUUCCAUGCGUUAGGAGGUCUUGCCGGGUUGGAGAAAGGGCUACGAACUGAUCGAAACAGUGGACUGAGUGUCGAUGAAUCAACGAUUGCGGACUCUGUCGAAACAACGGAAAUUGCGACAGGACAACAUAAUGCCUGCUUCACGGACAGGACAAAGGCCUUCGGGAAUAAUCAUCUUCCGGUGAAGAAACAGCCGAGCAUUGUCCAGCUCGUGUGGAUGGCAUACAAUGACCAUGUUCUGUUCUUUUUAACUGGAGCGGCAAUUGUCUCUUUAGCGCUCGGUUUAUACCAGACACUUGCGACUAAGCACUCAGCCCGCAAUCCGCCAGUUGAAUGGGUGGAAGGGGUCUCGAUCCUCGUUGCCAUCAUUGUCAUUGUUCUUGUCGGCGCCGCGAAUGAUUUUCAGAAGCAAAUCAAGUUUCAAAAAUUGAACAAGAAGAAGUUAGAUCGCAACGUGACGGUCGUUCGAUCCGGUCAUGCUCGUGAAGUCCCGAUCUCUAACCUAGUUGUGGGAGAUGUUGUGCAUGUGGAGCCUGGGGAUGUAAUCCCAGCGGAUGGGGUUCUAAUCCAGGGUUACCAUGUCAGAUGUGAUGAGGCGUCCGCUACCGGCGAAUCCGAUCUCCUACGUAAACACUCUGGAGAUGAAGUUAUCGAUGCGAUUCGAAGGAACAAUGAUACUCGAAGCUUGGACCCCUUCAUAAUAUCCGGAUCAAGUGUAGCUGAAGGGGUCGGGUCGUACUUGGUGGUUGCGACUGGAACCAAUUCUAGUUAUGGCAAGAUUCUCCUCACACUAAAUGACGAUCCUGGCUUUACACCUUUGCAAACACGGCUCAAUGUGUUGGCGAAGUACAUUGCCAAUUUCGGUGGGCUUGCAGCCCUUGUGCUAUUUAUCAUCCUCUUUAUCAAAUUCCUCGCCAGCCUUCCUCACAGUAGUCUAACACCAGCGGAAAAGGGACAACAAUUUCUGGAUCUCUUCAUCAUUUCACUCACUGUCGUGGUGAUCGCAGUUCCGGAGGGACUUCCGCUGACAGUGACUCUUGCACUGGCUUUUGCAACCACAAGGAUGCUCAAAGACCAUAACCUAGUCCGCAUGUUGAGGGCCUGCGAAACCAUGGGGAAUGCGACAGACAUAUGCUCGGACAAGACCGGGACUCUGACCCAGAACAAGAUGACAGUCGUCGCUGGGGUGAUUGGCACUACCGGCAAGUUCGUUGAUCCACAGCAGGUAGACAACGACACUACGGAUCCGUCCACCAGUCCAACUACCAGCGACUACACUCGGUGUCUCGCGCCUGACACGAGGUCACUUCUCAGGCAAUCCAUUUCACUCAACUCCACCGCAUUUGAAAGUGCCGAAGCAGGUAUCAAGUCAUAUGUGGGGUCUAAAACAGAAGCUGCCCUCUUAAUAUUCGCUCGAGAUCAUCUAGGAAUGAGCCAACUUGAUGUUGAGCGCUCAAAUGCGAAAAUUGUAGAAGUGUUUCCGUUCGAAAAUGCUCGCCAAUGUAUGGUCACAGUCGCUCAACUGGAGAAUGGCAGGUAUCGUGCAUACGUGAAAGGCGCCCCAGAGGUGCUGCUUGACAAGUGUACCGAAGCAAUUGAAGACCCAAGCAAGGGGCUUUCCACACGACCGAUCAACGCAGACAUGGCCCAGGGCCUACGCCAGAUAAUCGCCGAUUAUGCCGGCCGGUCCUUGAGAACAAUAAUCGUGUUGUUCCGUGACUUCGACGUAUGGCCUCCCCUUGGUCAACUGGAUGAGCAGGUUGAAGAAUUAAGGAUAGAAAACAUUCUCCAAGAUCUAACUUUCCUCAGCGUCAUGGGUAUUCGAGACCCUCUCCGAAACGGUGCUCGGGACGCCGUGCAGUCUUGCCAUAAAGCUGGUGUGGCCGUUCGUAUCGUGACGGGUGAUAACCUUUUGACAGCCAAAGCUAUUGCCGAGGAAUGUGGUAUCCUCACAAACCCGGAAGAUGUUGCGAUGGAAGGCCGAGAGUUUCGUCAGCUUGGUGACUCACAACAGCUAGAGGUCAUUCCACGUCUCAAAGUCCUAGCGAGAUCUAGCCCGGAAGACAAAAGGACAUUGGUUCGUAGAUUGAAAGAAAUGGGAAGAACUGUUGCUGUCACCGGUGAUGGAACGAACGAUGCCCCUGCUCUGACUGCAGCCGAUGUUGGAUUUUCCAUGGGCGUCUCCGGAACUGAAGUCGCGCGCGAAGCCUCGUCAAUUGUCCUCAUGGAUGAUAACUUCAGCUCGAUUGUGAGAGCAAUCAUGUGGGGUCGAGCUGUCUCAGAUGCCGUCAAGAAAUUUCUGCAGUUCCAAAUAACCAUCACAUUCACCUCUGUCGGACUCGCUUUCGUCUCAUCCGUCGCUAGUUCCAAUGAACAGUCGGUUCUUACUGCUGUACAGCUCAUGUGGGUAAAUCUGUUCCAAGACACGUUAGCAGCCCUGGCACUGGCCACCGACCCUCCAUCGCGCAAAGUAUUAGAUCGGAAGCCGGAACCGAGAUCGGCUCCUUUAAUCACAAUCCCAAUGUGGAAGAUGAUCAUAGGGCAAUCAAUCUACCAACUAGCGGUGACUCUUGUCCUUCACUUUGCAGGAAGCAGUAUCUUCUCCUAUACACCUGACGACAAGGAUGGGCUCCAGACAGCGGUAUUUAAUACAUACGUUUGGAUGCAGAUUUUUAAUAUGUAUAACAACCGCCAACUCGAAAACAGCAUUAACCUUCUCGAGGGCGUAUCCCGAAACUGGCUAUUCAUAUGUGUCACUCUCCUCAUGAUGGGCUGCCAAAUCCUAAUCAUUUUUGUCGGAGGCCGUGUCUUCUCCGUCGUCAGACUUACCGGUACGCAGUGGGCUUACUCGCUUGUUUUGGGGGCUCUAUCCAUCUUGGUCGGCUUCGUUAUUAGACUCGUACCGGAUGAACCAGUUGAGUGGGUCUUUGACGGGUUGGGGGCUACUUGGUCGUUCAUCGUUUUGAAGUUGAAGGUCAUGCGGAGAAGAAGGGAUGACGAUGAUGUUAGUGCUUGA